GAAAAAGAAGACAAAUUUUGAAGAUAAGCCCGGGAUUACACUGACAAAUCCAUUUUUCACAACACACAAACACACACGCAUGUUGUUUGUGUAGUCAUAGUGUGAUGUGAUAGCUCAGUCAGUGUUGAUUCAAUUUUCUUCAUCUGCACCGAGAUUCUUCUUCUUCUUCUACCAACAUUGUGUGUGUGUGUGUGUUGAUUUGAUUCUCCCUGCGCCACCACCACGGUCCAAACAAAAAGUGGUCAUGCAUUGUUGUGGCUCCUCCUGCUUCAUUGUGCUUCGGGGACAUUGUGCCAGUUUGCGGUUUCAGUUGAAAUUCCCAGUUCAAGGUAUUUAAGUUUAGGUUUGGACUGGAUUUCCCUUUGGUCCUUGGGCGCUGGCGAGUACCGAAUUUGAGAAGCUUAUUAGGGUUUGCUUAGGGAGUAGAGAAGUAGAGGAAGUGAAUUGUUUUGGAUGGGGCAUUCUGCAGCUGUCUGGGACUAUAGAGCAGCAACUGAAAUUACAAAAGACUGGAAUGGGAUCGAUCAAAUCAUGCUUCGGACCCCGCAGGGCGUUUCGGCACGGGUAAGCUUACAUGGAGCACAGGUCACUUCAUGGCGUAAUGAGCAGGGCGAAGAACUUCUCUUCACAAGCAGCAAGGCAAUUUUCAAGGCGCCAAAAGCAAUACGAGGAGGAAUUCCUUUAUGUUUUCCGCAGUUUGGAAACUGUGGAUCACUCGAGCUGCAUGGAUUUGCAAAAAAUAAAAUGUGGGCUAUUGAUGACAACCCUCCUCCUCUGCCUGCAAAUGAUUCCUGUGGGAAAUCCUUUGUUGACCUGCUUCUCAAAUCAUCUGAAGAAGAUAUGAAGGGCUGGCCACAUAGUUUUGAGUUCCGCCUUCGGGUCUCUCUUACAACUGAUGGAGCCCUGAAUUUGAUAUCACGAAUCAGGAAUAUCAAUGGCAAGCCAUUUAGUUUCUCAUUCGCAUAUCACACAUACUUGUUGGUUUCUGACAUUAGUGAGAUAAGGAUUGAAGGUCUGGAGACACUUGAUUACCUGGACAACCUUUGCCAGAAAGAACGAUUCACAGAACAAGGAGACGCGUUAACAUUUGAAUCUGAGGUGGAUCGAGUUUAUGUUAGCUCUCCAAAUGUAAUUGCAGUUCUAGAUCAUGAGAGGAAAAGGACUUAUGUUAUAAGAAAGGAAGGUCUCCCUGAUGUUGCUGUGUGGAAUCCAUGGGAGAAGAAAUCAAAAUCAAUGACAGACUUUGGUGAUGAUGAGUACAAACAGAUGCUUUGUGUUAAUGGGGCAGUGAUAGAGAAACCUGUGAACUUGAAGCCUGGAGAGGAAUGGACAGGGAGGCUGCAGCUCUCAGUUGUGCCAUCAAGUUUUUGUAGUGAGCGUCUUGGUCUUGAUAGAGGUGAUCUUUGAGGAAAAUUGUACAAAAUCUUAUCAGUAGAUGGCUUCAGUUUAUCUUACAGUUUUAAGUUGUAGAGAAUAGGGCUUUUUUUAUGGAGCAUCUGAUUUUUCUGUGGUGAUCCUAGGCUAGGAAUAGUACUUUUAGAAAAGCCUAUGUUUUUGAAAGAGUGGCUAUCAAAUUUCAGACCAUUUUAAUAUUUUGGGGAGUUUUUGAACCAGCAUUAUUAAAUUCCUAAAAAAAAAGAGGUUACAA